CUCCGCACCUCUAGGGGGAGAGUAGGCGCGCUGGGUGAGAGAGCUGCACGCGCAGAAAGAGAACUCGCUCCGGUAUCAAAGCUAGCGGGUAGCUAAGCUAACUAGCAGAGAAAACGUUAUUAAUAACCUGGACUCAAAAGUACUGAACAGAGAUAAUGGCGACCGGCGCUGAUGUCCGGGAUAUUCUGGAGUUGGCAGGAGGUGACAAUGAUGCAGGACCCAUCAGCAAGAAAGAUAUCAUCAACUCUGACAAGAAAAAGGCAAAGAAAGCCACAGAGACGCUGACCUUCAAGAGGCCGGAGGGAAUGCACAGAGAAGUCUAUGCUCUGCUUUAUUCUGACAAAAACAGAGAUGCUCCUCCGCUGCUGCCCAGUGACACCACUCAGGGCUACAGGACAGUGAAGGCAAAGCUGGGCUGCAAGAAGGUCAGGCCGUGGAAGUGGAUGCCUUUUACCAACCCGGCCAGGAAAGAUGGAGCCAUCUUCCAUCACUGGAGACGAGCAGUAGAGGAGGGAAAGGACUACCCCUUUGGUCGCUUCAACAAGACGGUCCAGGUUCCCGUAUACUCCGAGCAGGAGUAUCAGAUGUAUCUUCAUGAUGACGGCUGGACUAAAGCAGAGACAGAUCACCUGUUUGAUCUGUGCAAGCGCUUCGACCUGAGAUUCAUCGUUAUCCAUGACCGAUAUGACCACCAGCAAUACAGAAAACGUUCAGUAGAGGAUCUAAAAGAACGUUAUUAUAAUAUCUGUGGGAAGCUGACCAAGGUUCGAGCUGUGACUGGAACAGAACCAAAAAUCUACAUCUUUGAUGCAGGUCAUGAAAGACGCAGGAAAGAACAGCUUGAAAGACUCUUUAACCGAACACCUGAACAGGUGGCAGAGGAGGAGUAUCUGAUCCAGGAGUUGAGAAAGAUUGAGACGCGUAAGAAGGAGAGAGAGAAGAAGGCGCAGGACCUGCAGAAACUAAUCACAGCGGCGGACAGCACCACGGAAAUGCGCAGAGCCGAGCGCAAGGCCACCAAAAAGAAGCUCCCACAGAAGCGAGAAACAGAGAAACCGGCUGUACCCGAAACUGCAGGAAUCAAAUUCCCCGACUUCAAAUCAGCAGGAGUCUCAUUGCGAAGCCAGAGGAUGAAGCUACCUAGCUCUGUGGGACAGAAGAAGAUAAAAGCUAUUGAGCAGAUCCUCACAGAGCAAGGAGUCGAUUUGAACCCCAUGCCCACCGAGGAGAUCGUGCAGAUGUUUAAUGAGCUCCGUAGCGACCUUGUCCUCGUCUAUGAGCUCAAACAGGCCCACAGUAACUGUGAGUACGAGCAGCAGAUGCUGCGGCACCGAUACGAAGCCCUGAUGAAGGCAGGUGGUGCUGUGACGCCCCAGAGUGAGAGCGGAGGGGGUCCUGACAGCCAGGCCUGGCCCGGCCCAGACGACAUCAAAACAGAAGCCAAGGAGCAGAUUAUCGACGUGGUGGGAGCUCCACUCACACCCAACUCACGCAAACGCAGAGAGUCAGCCUCCAGCUCCUCCUCCAUCAAGAAGAUGAAGAAACCUUGACCUGGAUUACAUUUUAAACUGGACACUUUUGAGGAAAAAAGGAAUGUUCUUAAGCAGUCUGCAUCUCUGGAUAUUGGGGUUCACUUGAGGUUUAGGGUGUCGGCUGUUUAACACUGAAAUGGACUGACAUAGACCAUCUCCGCCUGGUGUUCUUUUCUGCUCACGUCUAUCUGUUAUAUCCCUGUGCCCUCCAAACCCCACCGUGGCACCAUUUCACCAUGACACACACCACCCCUGACAGCCUGUUCUAUUGCAGCCUUAUCUUCAUGCUGGUGCCCAGCAGGUUGAUGGAGAGGAGACGGCAGCUGUCUGGAAUAACAUGUGUUUGGUGUGGAAAGGAUAUGUUUUAAAUCCUCUGUCUGUAUUUGUUUUGUGUUGUACAGUGAACAUUCAUGAUUUCCACUCUCAGAGAUUAACAUGAUUGGCUCCUGUGAAGGUGGGGGGAGGCAGAUAAGGUUUUCACUCAGCUUAAAGUGUGAACUGACCCUCCUAUCCUCAUUCCUGAACCUCCAUUUAUUAGUAAGAUGACGGAGAGAUGGACAGACCCGUUCAGCCUGACUGUGAAUCACUGUUCAGAUCAAAUAAAUGUUGUGUUUUUUCA